AUGGCGAGCACGGGUCACAACAAUCUCAACGCCAAGCUCGUAUUGCUUGGGGACAUGGGCGCUGGGAAAUCGAGCCUCGUGAUACGCUUUGUCAAGGGCCAAUUCCUCGAAUUCCAGGAAUCGACGAUCGGGGCCGCGUUCUUCUCCCAGACAGUGUCUGUGAAUAAUGCGACUGUGAAAUUUGAGAUCUGGGACACGGCUGGGCAGGAGAGGUACCACAGCUUGGCUCCCAUGUAUUACAGAGGCGCUGCUGCCGCCAUCAUCGUUUAUGAUAUCACGAGCGCGGUAAUAGGGCACAAUCCCAAAUAUGCAUUUGCUUGGAGAUUUGAGGCCCGCACCUAUGCUGAUGAAAAUGGACUUUUCUUUUUGGAAACAUCUGCCAAAACUGCCGCUAAUGUCAAUGAUAUAUUCUAUGAAAUAGCCAAAAGACUACCUAGAGCUCAACCUACCCAAAACCCAGCAGGAAUGGUUCUCGUCGAUAGACCUGCUGAAGGAUCUCGAUCUGCAUCAUGUUGUGCUUAA